AUGGCGACAAGCAGUUCCGAUGGUUCCUGUACAGCACCUGCAGAUUUUCAGCUUUCGUCGGAGCUCGAAGACGUUUCGAGCCGGUUGAGUGUGAAUCUAUUAAAAUGUCAGCUGUGCCAUAAUAGUCGUCGAAUUUUUUACUGUCGACAGUGCAUCCAAAAUGGUGAUUUUAUUCAUUCAACUUCUGUUUAUUCUGAACGAUUUGCAGAUAAACAAUUGCGACUUCUACGGCUGAAAGCUGCAAGGGCUCAACUGGAAGAAAAAUGUGUAAAGGCUCUGGAGAAACACAAACAACGGGAUAAAUUGAUAUGUGAUAUAAAUACUUGUAAAGAAAGAGUCAGAAUUCUCCAAUCACUAGUGAACGAAACCAGGCAAAGUAUAAACAGAGGUAAUCAACGUUUGAAUGUUCUCAAAGAUGUAAACUCUCAGUUAGCACUUAGAUUACCUAGACACGAAGAACGAGUAGAAAAAUUACACCGAUAUGUUACUGGUUUGAGAGCAAAACAAGAGAAACAAAAAGAGGCAGUAGAUAGAAAACGGCAACAGUUAAAGAAAGUGAUCAGAACAGCUGCAAAACAAUUAAUUCAGUAUAUUUUUCCAUUGUCAAAAGUUCAACCUAACAGAAGUUUAUGUAGCAGCGAGGAAGAUACUAGUUCAGAUGUAGUAACUUGUGCAUUGGCAGACGCAUGUGGAACAUCUUAUGUCAGAGGCAGAUGGAUCAACGAUACAGACAAUUCUUCAGAAGUCCAACACCGUAUAAUUGCUCCUACUUUGCCAGGAACUGGUGACUACAGUGCUUAUUCUCUAUGGGUGGCAGCAAACAAGGAUGGUGUGCCAGGUGCAAAUAAAGAAACUGCAAUGCACAAUCCAGCUUACAAUAUUAGUGCUGCUUUAACUUACGCUACGCAAUUGGUUAAUAUUAUUGCCUAUUAUGUUAAUGUAAGACUACCAUAUAAACUUGCUUAUGGUGAAUUUUGUGGAAACGAAAUGUCGGAUCAAAAAUUUGCGAGGAAAGUAGCAAGACUCAACAGCAAUGUGUUACACUUAUGUUUCACACAAAAUACUAAUAUUGCUGUCUUACAUCCAAUGCAUACUCUACAAAACCUGAUGCAUUUGCUCAAUACAGAAAUCAGUGAUCUUGGAAGAAUUGGUCCAAUGGAAGUGGAUCCAAACAUUGUAACACAACUGCACAGUCAAUUAGUUCCAGAUUUAGAAAAUAGCGAUGAUUCUGCUUCUGACGAAGAGGAAGAUGCUUUUAAUUGGGAGUGGGAAGCUGUACCAAAUGUUGCAUGCCCUGAAAUGGCUGUUCCAAUUCCUGGUGCAAUGAUUAGUCAGCAAUCAUCUAGUAUGCAAGUGAAUCAGAGUGUUGCUGGUGGUUUAGUUACAAGUGCUGCAGCUAGCAUCGCCUCCAUCUGGCGUGGAUGGACGACUAACAAAUAGACUGUUAUUAUAAAAUUAACAAACUUCUUUUUAUACAAGUUGCGAUUACAUAUGUAAAAACGUAUGUAGCAGAUGACACAAACAUUGAUAAUGCUUUAAAACACAUGAACAUUGUGUUGAGAGAGGUGGGUG